CUCCUUUUCCCUCCUCUUUUCUUUCACGCCAUAUCACUACGGACCACCCGACCGUGCCGGUUGAAACAUGGUCUUCCACCCCCCCAAAGAUUCAGGCGUCCUGCCGCCCAUCCCGGACAAUAUUCCAAUCAGUGAGUUCAUGCUCACGGACCUUUACGGACGCACGCCCCUCGGUUACUCAAGAGACCCCUUUACCUGCGGCAUCACCGGCAAAAGCUUCUCGGCGUUGGAGGUCGUGGAUCGCGUCGACCAUCUGGCUCGCGGCUUGGCCAAGGAAUUCAACUGGGCCCCCAACACCGGCACCGAAUGGGACAAGACAGCAGCCUUGUUCAGCUUGAACACGCUGGAUACCCUGACUCUAUCAUGGGCCGUACAUCAGUUGGGAGGCGUGGUGACACCAGCGAAUGCGGCUUACUCGGCAGCGGAGCUGAAGCACCAGCUGCUUGAUUCCAAGGCCCAGGUCCUCUUCACCUGUCUCCCCCUCCUGCAAACUGCGCUCGAGGGUGCCGCCCUCGCAGGCUUUCCCAAGCAUCGCAUAUACCUCUUGGAACUCCCGCCGCCGCUCACGGCCGGCAUCCAGGCCCCCGCCCAAUACAAGACCGUCUCGCAGUUUAUCGAACAGGGCAAGUCGCUCCCGAGGCUCGAGAGGCUGAAGUGGACCGCCGGGGAGGGCGCUCGUCGGACGGCGUUCCUCUGUUAUUCCAGUGGGACGUCUGGGUUGCCUAAAGGGGUGAUGAUCUCACACCGCAACGUAAUUGCCAACGUCCUGCAGAUCUCGGCGUUUGAGAGCUCGUGGCGCGACACGAUCAAGGCCCCCGGGACACAGUCCAAUCACACGGAGAUUUCGCUGUGCCUGCUGCCUCAAAGCCAUAUCUAUUCCCUCGUGGUCAUUUGCCAUGCGGGCCCCUUCAGAGGCGACCAGACGAUCGUCCUGCCCAAGUUCGAUUUAAAGUCAUACUUGGCUUCAAUUCAAAACUUUAAGAUCUCGGGAUUGUUUCUGGUUCCUCCGAUCAUUAUUAGCAUGCUUCGGAACCACAAUAUUUGCUCCCAGUACGAUCUGAGUUCGAUCACCACGCUUUUUACCGGCGCCGCACCCCUGGGUAUGGAAACCGCGGCGGACUUCCAGAAACUCUAUCCGAACGUGCUCGUGCGACAAGGAUACGGCCUGACUGAGACAUCAACCGUCGUGUGUUCCACCCACCCUACUGACAUCUACCUUGGUUCGUCCGGCUGCCUUAUUCCUGGGGUUCAAGCGCGCAUUGUGACCCCCGAGGGAGAAGAGAUCACAACCUAUGAUACUCCCGGUGAACUGGUGGUCUACAGCCCAAGUGUUGUUUUGGGCUAUCUCAGGAACGAGAAGGCCGACAAGGAGACGUUUGAAAACGGGUGGAUGCGCACCGGUGACGAGGCCGUCGUCCGGCUGGGACCGAAGAAGACGGAGCAUUUCUUCAUCGUUGAUCGCAUCAAGGAACUGAUCAAGGUCAAGGGACUGCAAGUCGCCCCAGCAGAGCUGGAAGCUCACCUUCUCACCCACCCGGCUGUCGCCGACUGCGCCGUCAUCGCCAUCCCCGACGACGCGGCCGGGGAGAUCCCCAAGGCCAUCGUGGUCAAGUCGGCCUCUGCUAGUGGCAGCGACGAGGAGAUCACCCAGUCGAUCAAGAAGCAUGUCGAGGAUCACAAGGCUCGGCACAAGUGGCUGAAGGGCAGUGUCCGGUUCAUCGAUGCUGUCCCCAAGAGCCCGAGCGGCAAGAUUUUGCGCCGACUCCUCCGCGACCAGGAGAAGGAAGCAAAGAGGCAGGCUGGCCCCCGGCUGUAAUGUCAUGAUGAUUCACGAAGUAUCCGUCUAGAGGGGUCUGGACCCCAUGCAAGAUUUUCUGCUUUCAAUGUAUGCUUCGGAUGUAACCAUUGUGUACCCUUUAUAUUUCCUAGAUAGUACCCCACGUAUCAGAUUCC